CUUGCGCCCGCGUCUCUUUUAUAGCCAUACCCGCGGCCCGGGACCGCCAGAAGCGGACGACAUUCGCGCCGAGCGGACGAAACCUUAUAUGUUUAGUCAUAAUUAUUAUAACAAUCAUGAAGACGCUGUGCAUCUUUUUUGUUAUUGCUAUCACCAGCACCAUGGCGAUGCAGAUCAGGCCUAAGCGGCAGUCCAGCCAAUCCGGCGAGGACUCAAAUGACUUAGAAGACCGCUACGGCAGGCAGAACCAGGGCAGACCACAGUGGAACCAGUUCCAGAGACCGAACCGAUUCCCUGGACAAAACCAGUUCCCGGGGCAAAACCAGUUCCCUGGCCAAAACCAAUUCCCGGGGCAAAACCAAUUCCCUGGACAAAAUCAAUUCCCUGGACAAAAUCAAUUCCCAAGCCAGAAUCAGUUUCCAGGACAGGGACAAUUCCCUGGUCAGGGCCAGUUCCCAGGACAAGGGCAGUUCCCAGGACAAGGACAGCUCCCUAACCAAAACCAAACCAGAACCAACAGUCGACUGCAUCCCCUACCCCUAACAAUGGAAAUAGCAACACUGCGAGUCAGGACCGCUGCAUCAGCCAGUGCCCCGUGACGGCUGAGUACAACCCCGUGUGUGGCACCAACUUGGUACAAUACCCCAACCCUGGUCGCCUGGCGUGUGCCCAGUCGUGUGGCGUCA